GAUGCAAACAAGACCAACAAAAGAAAAAAAAAAUGGCUUGUCACAAAAUCUUCCUUGCAAUAUCUCUAAUGCUCGUAGUCUCUAUGGUCAAUGCAGUUGAUUUCUCAGUUUUCGACAAUACUGGCAACUCUCCUGGAGGAAGGAGAUUCCGAGAUGAGAUCGGCAGCGUCAGUUAUGGCGAACAAUCACUGAGAUCUGCAACGGACUUCACGUGGCGUUUGUUCCAACAAACUAACCAUUCAGACAGAAGGGACGUUAAAAUGAUCACACUGUUCAUGGAGAACGGUCGGACUCCGGUAGGGCUUAUCGAAGGAAUAGCGGAUUACGUGAGGCUGAAAGCCGGUUAUGUUGCGAGUCAUUGGGUCGGGGCUGGUGGUGGUGAUAGAUGGGACCAAGGUUAUGAUGUUACGGCGAGGUUUUUGGAUUAUUGUAACGAUUUGAGGAAUGGGUUUGUGGCCGAGCUGAACAAGAAGAUGAGGAAUGGUUAUAGUGAUGGUUACUUCGUUGAUUUGAUUGGAAAGGACGUGAAUCAGCUAUGGAGAGAGUACAAGGCCAAGUAUGGUCAAUGAUUAUAAACUAGUAUGUAAUAAUAAUCUCAAUGAAUAAUUUGGUCACCCAAUAUAGUGGUGAGUGUUUA